AUGGAUCGAUCGACUGAUAGAAGACUUUGCGCUCAGUGUCAUACUUCCAUUGGUGACGAGGCAGUUGUUGCCAUGAAUCGUCUAUGGCACCCAGAUCAUUUCACAUGCACCGCAUGCAAACGCCCUAUCAAGCAAACUUACCAGGCUGCAGACAGUCAUGCAUAUUGCGUGCAUUGUUUCGCCCAGAAGUACAACCCAAAAUGUGCAGGUUGUAUGGAGACUUUGGUGGAUACGUGCCUAUUGGCUUUGGAUCGUCACUGGCACCCUCGUUGCUUCGCAUGCUCUUCCUGUAAUCGACCAUUACCCAAUGGAGAAUACUAUCUAGUGGACGACAAGCCGUACGACUUGGAUUGUCACUGGGCAAAACGACUCGAAAAACGGGAACAGAUGGAACGAGGUGAACGGUGA